CACAGCAGCGUAAUCCGUUCGUCCAAUCAGGUGAAGAGCCUGAAGCUCAGGAAAGAAGCAGAUGAUAUGGCAGCUUUGAGAGCGACCAGGUGGAACUUGCUUUGUUAACACGGCUAAACCUUUGAUUAUGAAGACACUUUGUCGUAAAGACGACAGCUGCUCGAAAUGAUUUACUUAAUAUUGAUUUCCGCGUUCUCCGGAGCAGUCGUUACGUUGAUAUUACAGUUUUUGCUGAUAUACCGGAGAAGCCCCGAGCCCAUAGGCAGGACAGUGCAGUAUGUCAAAGUAGUGCCUGAUAACGCAUUGAAGGAUUACUUUAAUACCCAACAUGCCGAGCCAGGCCAGCAGCAGCUGGACAGCACAGCGUCUACGGCAUCUAAACCGCAAGAGGCCGUCUCAACGCGGCAGCAGGAAGCGGCUGUCCCCGGCGGCAGUCCCAAACAACAACAGCCGCCGCCGCCUCCCCAAAGCGAGCCCGUUGAUGCGGCCAAACCCGAAACGUGCAAUUUCCUAAAUGCUAUAUUUCUGUUUCUGUUCAGAGAGCUCAGAGACACCCCUGUCGUGAGACAUUGGCUCACCAAAAAGAUCAAGGUGGAGUUUGAGGAGCUGCUGCAGACCAAGACGGCAGGUCGGCUCCUGGAGGGGCUCAGUCUCAGGGAUAUCUCCCUGGGCAAUUCUCUGCCCGUCUUUAAAACGGCCAAACUUAUGAAGCCGGUGCAUCUGAACGACGACGGCAUGCCCGAGGAACUCAACUUCGAGGUGGACAUCGAGUACAAUGGCGGCUUCCACCUGGCCAUCGACGUCGAGCUGGUGUUCGGGAAGUCUGCCUACCUGUUCGUUAAGAUGAGGCGCGUGGUGGGCAGGCUGAGGCUGCAGUUCACGCGCAUGCCCUUCUCCCAUUGGUCCUUCUCCUUCCUCGAGGACCCGCUGGUGGAUUUUGAGGUGAAGUCCCAGUUUGAAGGAAGGCCGCUGCCUCAGCUCACCUCCAUCAUAGUCAACCAGCUGAAACGGGUCAUCAAGAAGAAACACACCUUACCCAACUACAAAAUCAGAUACAAGCCCUUCUUCCCGUUCCAAGUGCAGCCUCUGCUGGCUCCGGCGUGUGAUUUGGACCUGUCGAUCCAGGACAACAGGCUGGUGGAGGGCCGACUCAAAGUCACCCUCACUGAAUGUAGCAGACUGUUCAUCCUGGGCUCAUAUGACAGAGAAAUCCAUGUCCACUGCACCCUGGAGCUGAGCACUCACCAGUGGAAGGAGAAGACUCGCAGCUCCAUCAAACGGACGGAGGUUAUCAAGGGGCCUUGUGGGAGUGUGGGGAUGACAUUCAGGCACGUCCCUGCCAGCGAGGGGGAUGCAGUGCACGUCAGCAUUGAGACAGUCACACCCAACUCCCCUGCUGCCUUGGCAGACCUGCAGAGGGGUGAUCGUCUCAUCGCCAUCGGAGGUGUCAAAGUGACAUCCUCAGUUCAAGUGCCCAAACUGUUGAAGCAGGCUGGAGACAGAGUGGUGGUACUCUAUGAGAGACCGGUUCGUCACCAGACUCCCUCCUUUGGAAGCCUUGGAACUCUUCAGGAAGGAUUUGGGCAGCUAGAGGAAACUGGUUUUAUUUCUCAGCCAGGGGGUUAUGAGGAAGACCCAGCCCCCAUCACCACCCUUUCUGACAUACAUGACAGCAAAGACAUGGACUCUGAGUUUGAAGAGUUGAUUGUGGACUCCAAACAUGGCCAGACUAGUGGCCCUAACAGCAGCACCACAAAUACCAGUGAGACUAAGGAGGAUUCCUUACUUACAGUAAACCAAAGCCCCAAAAGGACUGUGGCCAACUUGGCCUCUAAGCCCCUUGGUACCAUAUCCCCCAUCCUUAACCGCAAGUUAAACCUGGUGGGUCUCCAGUCACCACUAAAGCCCCAUCCCAAAGAAUCACCAAAGCCCUCACCACAUAAGACCAGUAGUGAUCAAAUGGAGGUUCUGCAACGCCCCACUGUCCCUCCCCCACCUCCACCUUCUCGCCCCCCAGUGCCACCAAGACCUCAGAUAAGGUUGACAUCAGCCUCGUCAGAAACCAGUCUCUUGGAAGGCAUUGAUUCUGUUACAACUACCAAUGCCACUGUGGUUCUUCCUACCAUGACUACCACCAUCAGCGCUCCUGAAAAAUCUCCAGAAAAAGCUUCUCUCCCUGGAGCCAACGAGGACAAGGCCAGCACUGAGAAGAUAGGUGUCAAACAGGCUGAGGCGAAGCAGUCUACCAGGCCAGCAGAGUCCAGUGAUGACCUGCCAGUCCCUUCCACUGUGACCAGCAGCAGCAAAGCCGAUCAAGCAAAGGAAAAGGCUUCAGAGAGCUCCUGCAGCACACGGGACAGUCUAGAGGACCACUCUCUCUGGGAAUCCCCAGAAACCAUGUUUCGUAACCAGACAGCACGUUGGCCAAAGGCCUCGGUUGUGUUUGAGGUGGAGAGCAACCAUAAGUACCUUAAUGUGGCCCUGUGGUGCAAAGAUCCAUUUAAGCUGGGCAGUUUGUUGUGCCUGGGCCAUGUCAGCCUCCAGCUGGAGCAUGUAGCCCUGGAAUGCAUGGCCACAUCUUCAGCAGAGUACCAGAGCACCUUUAGGUUAGGGCCUCCAGAGCCCAGGGCUAAUGUCAACCGCACUGCUCUACGCAGCCUUGGCACCCACAAGGGCUUUAAUGAGAAGCUGUGUUAUGGAGAUGUUACUCUAAACUUCUGUUACUUAGCUGAGGGUGAGUUAGAGUAUCCAGGAGGACUGGCAGAAAAAGAGCGAGAGGGGAGUCUCCAUGAUGAGGAUCUAAGGGAGAGGGAGCAUAUCCCCACUGCACAGCGUGAUGACUUGGCCUACAGUGCCAUGCAGUUGGUGGAGGUCCGUCACAACUUCCAGGACACCCAGUUCCAAAACCCCACGUGGUGUGAAUACUGCAAGAAGAAGGUUUGGACCAAGGCAGCCUCUCAGUGUAUGAUCUGCGCCUACGUUUGCCACAAAAAGUGCCAGGACAAGUGCCUCGCUGAAAAUCCCUUCUGUGUGGCAGCGACUGAACGUCGCGGAGCUGACCCUGAGGCCAAAUCGACCAUUAACCGGGCCACCACUGGCCUAACACGCCAUAUCAUCAACACCAGCUCCCGCCUGCUUAACCUCCGCCAGGUGCCCAAAACUCGGUUGGUUGAGCAGGUGGCUGACGUGGUGCCUGGAGCGGUGGAGCCCUCACCCAAGCAUACCCCCAACACUUCAGACAAUGAGAGCAGUGAUACUGAGACCUACACCAGUGGCGCCAGCCCCUCAAAGCAGCCCAUCGGCAGUAGUGGCAGCAGUAAACUUGUACGUAAGGAAGGUGGUUUGGAUGACAGUGUGUUCAUUGCUGUGAAGGAGAUAGGCCGCGACCUGUACCGGGGGCUGCCCACAGAUGAGCGCUCCCAGAAGCUUGAGUUGAUGCUGGACAAGCUGCAGCAGGAAAUUGACCAGGAGUUGGAGCAUAAUAACGCUCUUCUGUUGGAGGAGAGGGAAGCCACAGAUGUCCGGCGCAAGGCCCUAAUUAGUACUGCCCUGGCCAAGUCUGGGGAGAGACUCCAGGCCCUCACCCUGCUAAUGAUCCACUACCGGGCAGGCAUUGAGGACCUGGAGUCAGUGGAGAGCACCUCUCCUUCAGAGCAGCAAGGCUUUAAAGGCAAAGGAGAAGGCCUGGAGGAAGAGGCCCUGAUGGGGACAGAGGUCUAUGACAGUGACAUAUGUAGCCCUGUGGAGGUGCAACUGCUGGAUGACAUUACAGAGGAGCAGAUCUGUGUGGAGGCGCUCCACUAAAUAAGACUAGAAAGGAGAAAGAAGAGGAACAUGUGCUUUGGGCUCAUGACUCCCACAAAAUUAUGUCCAGUUUGUUUUUGAGAAUGGGGGAAUUUCAGCAGUCCAUUUAAAAUACCGGGUAUGUUGGGGUCCAGUGUUUGAUUCACACGUUGUUUUAAUUUUUACGUGAAAAAGAAAGGAUGGGUGAAGGAAUUUCCUCCCUAAGGAUUCAUGUUAUUGAUGUUUUAAUUUGCACAAUGUGAUGCUGUUUCAAUGCUCUUGGUUUUUAAAGGGAAGCUUGAGAGCUUCAAUAUCAUCUGCCCUCAGUAGUGCUGCAUGUGUAUCCUCCAGUUAUGUUUUUCUGUGGCUUCAAAAUGUCAUUGUAAGCAUUUAAUUCAGUUUGCUUUCUUGUCUGUAACUGCUUUAACAUAAGGACUUAAGAAAAUGUGCACAUUUCUGUGGUCUACUCGUCUAAUUCAUCUUAACUUUGGGGAAGGAAAAUAAUUAUUCAGUAUUUGUUUGCUGUGAGUAACGAGCCCAUAUGAGGGUGAAAUAUUUGAGUCAAUAAGGGUGAGAAUACUACCAGGGCAAAGCAAGUGGUCAUACGCAUCUUUUGUUUUGAGCACUUUUUUACUGUAAUAUAAUUGGAUUUUAGAAAUGACUCCCUGCUCACAGCACUCUUUUGGGAUUUCAGCAGUUGCACACUUAUUAGUGGAAUCUUAGAUAUAGUUUGCCCCUUCCUUUUGGUUUAUUAGUUUGUAUUGGUUAGGUCAAACAUGUUUUAUCAUAUAACCCAAAGUUUUCUAUUCCCUGAGAGCAUGUUACGAGGUAGUUGUGCUGGGUAAAAAUUAAUACAUUUUGUGUGUGUGUGUGUGUGUGUGUGUGUGUGUGUGAGAGAGAGAGAUUUCCAUGCUUCAAGAAGUUAUGAUGUGAUUUAGUGCAGGCCAUUUGCCUUUAUGAGUUGUUUCCAUGCCCAAAUGAAUGUACGUCCAGCCCCUUCUGUGUUGUGUGUAUAUACAGCUGUUUGGCACUGCCUUCCCCCAUUUCCUCGCUAAACAUCAACCAUUAAUAUAGCCUGUUGCAUUGAUUCUAUCAUAACCAGCUACAGAUCCAAAAUGCUAUGCUGUUCAUCUAUCUGUUAGACCCUCAGAGAGCCACUGGAGAAAAUUGUCUGUGAGGAGGGAAUAUCUUUCUAUCUUUAAUUCUCAAGAGAUUAUCUCUCUUACGUAUCUUAUGAAAAAUCUACCCGAAAACACUGAACAUUUUCUAAAUCUAUAUUGGUAGUGAUGUCCUUUUCUUUGUUGAUUCUGAUUGUUAUUUAGCCAAUUGGUGCCACAUCACAUAUUUCCAGCACAAAUACAAAGUAUAAAUAUACAAAUACAAACAAGAGUUUGUUCGUGUGUACUCAGUGAGAUUGAUGGCUUUCUAAAACUAUCAACAGCAGUCAGCAGCUUUUGGUGUCAGUGUGUCAGAAUUGUGACGUUCAGCAUGCAGGCAGGGAGAACUCCAUUAAAAGAGAUGCACAAGUAUAGACCAACGUUCAAGUAAAAGUAAGUACUUUAAAAAAAGUAGAUUAUGAAACAUGACCCAGGAGGUCCAGUUGGAGUAAUAGGUCAAUGAGUUGGAAGGCUUAUCAGACCCUAGAAUGCAACACAGCGGGGAAUACUACAAGGAAGGAUUUCAAAAACCAGGACAGUUAUUUCAAUAGCAAUCAUUUUAUCUUUGGUCCUGACGAUCACAAGGUCAAAAGUAGAAAUAUGCUCUUCGUGUUACAGAGUAAUCCAUCAGGAAUUUGCACUUGCGAAUAUUUUACUGCCAGAUGACGCUGCAUUGAGGCAAAAAUUGAGCCAGUUUAAAUUUUCCGCAGAACGACCCUGCAUCAGCACCCCCGCUACGUCUCAAAAGUAGCUUCAUUAAAAAAUGAUGUGGGAGUUGCAUUUUCACGCUGUGCUGAUGGCAGUCUGAAUGCAGCUGAACACCUUUUAUAUAACUUCUCUGUGGGUUGUUGAACAGCAUUUCAGGAAAAGUAGGGUUCAGGCCUCAGUAUGCUACAAACAAAGUCCUAACGGCAUCUCCUGUCCCACAGCGCCAUAUGAGUCUGUCCAUCCAUUUUUGUAACUGUUCCCGACAAUCCGACAGCCCCACUUUACACAGUUACGCAGUGUUUUUGCUUUUUACUCAUUUUAGCUAGCUAGCUAGUACUUGGAGAUUAGUGUUGGGCAUCGUUUUGAAUUUUAAAAUCCGAUUUAUGCUUCCGAUUCCGAUUUUUAUCCAUUCUUCAAUUUGAUUCUCUGACGGCUGGAGUUGAAACAGGUCACAUGCUUACUUAACAGAUCAUUUUGUGUUUUAUUUCACUUCAAGGGUGAUUUAUAGUUUUACCAGGCUUUUCAAUGUUUGAAAUAUUAAAUAUUUAUUUUUGCAGUAUCAUGUUGUUUCCUCACGCCCACAGAUAGUGUCCCAUGGCCUGGUACCAGUACCGGGGGUUAGGAACCACAGCAUUAAUGCUAGGAUUACAGUUUUCAUGAGACAUCUUUAGAUAUUCCUGCAUAAAGUACAAGCUGAUGGAAGAUUCAACACGUACAAAAAUAAAAAGACAUCACCCAAAAUGCAUUGAGCACCAGUUGAGUGCGACUCCUUAAAUGUAACACAACUCCACAGGACUAGCCCAAGCUAAUGGUCCGAGGAAGCAAAGGCCCAUUUCCUGUUCAUCUCUGUGUAAGAGAUAUAUUGCUCCUGUAGAUAAUGGCUUGCUGGCUGCUAUACUUGUCAAUCUCUCUCAGUCUCUGUAUAUCCAGAUUUUUUGUGCAAUAUUUUUGUAGGAAAUGAAGCUGAUAAUCAGGAAUGAAUCCCCAUGUCUGUGAUUUCUUUUCUUUUUUCUUGAAAAACAUGUAGUCUGUGUUCCCAUCCACCUGGUAGUGUAACCUGAGGGUUCUUGGUGACCAAUGAGAACUUGCGAGGAGUUGGCCUGAGAAGCGCUGCUGCUGCUGCUGCUGCUGCUGCUGCUGUUAACAACUCCUAAUCUCAGCCCUAGACUUACAAUAUGUCUGCCCACCGUGGCUUUCAGCAGGCCGGGAUGCUGUUUGUUUGUCUUUGUGUAUGUGAGGGGUGUUGUACACAGUUUUCAAAAGGCUCAUGUGAUGAAGCUUUAUUGUACAUAACCUAAAUAAACAAGCUCAAAUAAAUUCCUGUCA